GCUGUACUGUCUGCGCCAAGUUUCUCCCGCCGCGAUGGAAUCCGGUUCAGGAAUCGACCACUUCCAAGAACCGGUCCAUGGGCACGAGCACUCCAACGCCGCCAAUGGGGCCCCGAGCGCUGCGGCAGCCGAAGGCGGCGGCGAUGCCUCCUCGCCGCCACCUCUCCCUGCAGCCCCCGUCGACCGUCCCCAAGAAAGUGCCCCUGAGCAGGCCGGCGGCGGAGGCCGCGGCACCCAUGGAUCGAGCUCCGUCGCGGUGGGGGCCAACCUGAAGGCCAAGGGCCCCGGCGACAUUCCUCCCGGUCCAAGCUCCCCCGACCGCGCCGGGCCAUCCGGGGCCGGGACGUCGAGCCCCGAGUCCCUCGACUCCAAGGAACUGUUCGAAGUCUUCGCACAGUUGGUACGAGAUGCCGGGGCCGAGAAGAAGAGGUGGACGAAGAAGACACCGGACGAGGAACAGGUGAAAUCGGCGCGCCCCAAGAAGGGGCUCUGGAGCAAGCUUAAGAACCUCUUCACCCGCAGGAAAAAGAUUGUAGAUAGAGAAGGAAGGCAAAUAUAUUCGGAACGUGUGGGUCGCCAGAUUGUAGAUAGAGAAGCAAGGCUAAUAUAUCUGGAACAUGUGGGUCACCAGACACUUCCUAUCACUGAAGUUGGUAAUCGUUAUCGCGCUACCGAAGAUAUGCCUAUUUGUGUGGAUCUUGAUGCCUAUUCCAGAAUUAGACCAGUGCUUGGAGAUGGAGAGUGUUUCUACCGGAGCUUCGUAUUUUCCUACCUUGAGCAAGUUCUUGAUAGGGAGGACACAGAUGAGGAACACCGUCUCCUUGAUACCAUUGAAAGACUGUCUACGGAACAUACAAAUCUUGGAUGGGACUCUGAGUUUUGCAGGAGCCAGGAAGCAUUUAAGGAGCUGAUAAAUAAAGUAAUGGAAUGGAAGGGACAAGGCAACACAGCAUCACAUAACAGCUAUCGUAAAGCGAAACUUCUCAAGUUUUUCAGCACCUACAAUACAACAAACGACAUUUUUGUUUUCCUCAGAUUAGUAGUAGCUGUCCAGAUAUGCUCGCACAGCAGCCAGUAUGGAAAUCUUAUUCCUGGGCUCGGAGAAGAUUACAGUCUGAAAGAUUGGUGCUUCCAGAACGUCACCUUACCUCGUGAGUUUACGGACCAUGUUAUGAUGAUGGCCUUGGCCACAGCGCUUGAGGUACCCCUCAGACUGGAGCGACUCUAUGGAGGAGGGUCUGCUGAAGAUAAUAUCUACACUGGUCCUGGAGCUGUGAGAGUGACCUUGCUGUACACGGGUAAUCACUACGACAUCAUCUACCCAUGCGCUCCUCCUGCUGAGAGUUCAAGUCGACAGGAUUCCCAGAGGGAAAGCCCUGCUGGUUAGAGUUCAAGUCAACAGAUUCUGCUGUGCUGAAGUUGAGUUUGACUGCUGCCUAUGAAUGAGAGCGUUGCUGAGGUGGUAGAGAGUUAGACAUAGACUGAUUCAGUAGGAUUAGGGGUAGGCAUAGCAUACCUUGUGCAUUCUUCUUCUGUUGGCCCAAACUGCUGGUUCGGAUUGAUUGAUCAGAAGCUGCUCCCUUGUCUGAAGAAGAACGUGUUUUUUUUGUUUUGUUUGAAUUGUUGGCUGGUAUACAGAGAAUCUUUGGCGGUAUCAAUGCAUCAAUUGCUCUGUCGUUUCUUCAGGAGGACACAAGGUAUUGUGACUCGACA